UAAGGUCUUAGAAGUGAAAGGAGAUCAAGCUUCACAGUAGAGAGGACCAAAAGUUUCUCUGGUUUUCUCCCAAAUAUCUGUUGUUAUUUGGUAUUUAAUGGGUUAAAACACUCUAGCUAGCUAGCUUAAUUAUCAGUACUCUCUCUGAUCACUUUCUGUUCAUGAGUUUUGAAAAACCCUCUCGGUUUAUUUCUUUUUAAUAUCAGCACUUGUAUGUGUGCUAGCUACUGUAGAAUAAUGGCUUUGGAGGCUGUGGUGUUCAAACAGGACUCGUUAAAUUAUGGCUGCAGUGAUACUUCUGUAUUAGGAGGCGGUCAACCUUGGGGCUCCUACUAUUUUGGUCUUGAUCAAGACGAGAAAGUCUGCUUUGAAACACUCUGCAAUAAUUUAGAGCAAGGAUAUUUCAAUGAAAACCUGCUGCAGGAAUCUUCAUCACCUUCUAAUUCUGUGGUGCAAGGUCAAGUGAAGGAGCGGGACACCAACAGUACUUCCACCCCGGAGAAUCGCCCCAGGGAUGGAUUGUUGGCCCAAAGACAGCUUUAUUCAGUGGAAGUUGCUCCGGCAGCGACAAUGGGCAGGAGAAAAAGACGGCGCACCAGAAGCGCCAAGAACGAGGAAGAAUUGGAGAAUCAGAGAAUGACCCACAUUGCUGUUGAACGCAAUAGGAGAAGGCAAAUGAACGACUAUCUCUCCGUGCUUAGGUCUAUGAUGCCUGCUUCUCAUGUUCAAAGGGGAGACCAAGCAUCAAUCAUCGGGGGAGCCCUUAAUUUUGUGAAGGAGCUUGAGCAGCUCCUCCAGUCACUGCAAGCCCAGAAGAGAAUCAAGCAACGGCCGGAAAGCAGUACUAAUUUGUCCCCACUCUUCUCCGAUUUCUUUACUUUCCCUCAGUACUCGACCUGUUGCACUGAAUCCAGUGAGUCAUUAAUGGGCGAGAAGAGGUCAGCCAUUGCUGACAUUGAAGUGACAAUGGUUGAACGCCAUGCCAAUAUUAAAGUUCUGUCAAGAAAAUAUCCAAAACAGCUCUUGAAAAUGGUGUCUCAGUUGCAGUCCAUGCAUCUUGUCGUUCUUCACCUUAAUGUCACAACCGUUGAAAAUAUGGUUCUCUCCUCUUUCAGCGUCAAGGUUGAAGAUGAUUCUCAGCUAACCUCAGCGAAUGAGAUUGCAGCUGCUGUGCAUGAGAUGGUGGGCAGGAUUGAAGUGGAGACUCAAUUUGCAUGAAUAAAUCUACCCUAGCUCUUUAUGUAAUUGGCAAAAGUGAUUUCUGCCUCAUGUAAUUGGAUAAUUAGGGUAGGACUAAAGUUAUAUCUAAUCGUUUAAGAUUUUGUAGGAACUAUGUGAAUCAUUUAAUGGCCUAAAAUCUGCCCAAAUUUGUUGCCUGUGGCUGUGAGAACUAGACCAUGAUCUUUGUGUAAGCAACAUUCAA